UAAAAGCCAGCAUGGAUCCGGAUGUUGAUCCGUGUGAGGACUUCUAUCAAUACUCCUGCGGGAAAUGGUUGGAAAGCGCUCAUCUGGCUCAUGGGGCUUCGAUGAUUGGCUCCGUCUCAAAUAUUGUAGGCAACGUUACAUCCAGAUUACUUGGCUUACUUGGCGACAAAACCAUUGAAAGUGACCCAAUCUACGAAGCAGUAGCGGAGAACUUCUAUGCCUCUUGUUUAAACAUAGAUCAAAUCGAUGAAAGGGGAGCUAAGCCUUUGAUAGACCUUAUCCACUCGAUUGGUGUUUUCCCUAUUUUAAAUGCCUCGUGGGUUGAAAGUGAUUUUAACAUUGAAGAUUUAGUCAUUAAGCUACACGAAUUAGGUUUGAUGCCGUUCAUGACUCUGUAUGUGGAUCCGUAUAGGAGGGACCCGAAGAAAGUUUUUACAAUUGAUAUACCCUACCAUGCUCUGAGCCCCAGAAAUGAGACCAAUCACCGGGCAUUUAUGAUGGAAGCGCUACAGCUUUUGGGCGCAGACAUAAAUGUUCUAAAGGCUGAUUUUGAAGAGAUGAAGAAUGUUAAAGGAGCUUUUAUCGAGAUUCUUGCAAGUUCCGAAACUCCAACCGCUGCUUACCAGCUCACGAUUGAUCAGCUGAAAGAGAAGUAUAAAUGGCUUGAUUGGCUUAAAGUGUUGAAAACUAUUGCGGCAAAAGGAAAUGUCGUCAUUGAAUCGACGGACACAGUUCUUUUAGAGCGAGAUUGGUAUUUAAAUGAGCUUGAAGAUAUAGUGAACUCUACUUCGAAAAGAGAUAUGGCUAAUUACAUGAUGUCGUGUCUGCUUACGUUCACUGAUCUUCUGGACUAUCGCUUCAGGGAGUUAAAUGAAAAAUAUCCUCCUGACGAAUCCAAAAUGCCACAUAAGGUUAGAUCGCAGCAAUGUGUGCGAAUUACCGAGGAGAAACUUCCGGAGGCCGUAGGCCGUUUGUAUAUCAACAAGUACUUCAACACAGAAGAGAAAGACUUCGUAAUUGCUAUGAUCAAAGAUAUCAAAGCGUCGUUUCACGAGAUAUUGGAUUCAAAUAAUUGGCUGUCCAACAGUACAAAGUUAAAAGCAAAGGCUAAGCUAUCAGCAAUGGAUUUUAACGUUGCUUAUCCUGACUCGCUUUUAGAUGAUACUAACCUCAAUGCAUAUUACGCUAACAUUUUUAAACCCGGGUAUAAAAUGCUCGGGUUUUUCGAUCUUUGUUUGAUAAUUCUUAAAAACUCUGCAUUGGAAAACAUAAAUAUUUUGGCAGCCGAUGGUAACUUCAAGCAUGAGUGGCCCGCAUCGACCUCUGUUGUCAAUGCUUAUUAUAAUUCUCGUCUAAACAGCAUGUAUAUUCUAGCUGGUAUAAUGGGAGAACCAUUUUACUACCCUAAAGGCUCAAGCUCUAUGAAAUAUGGCACUAUUGGAUCAAUUAUCGGUCAUGAAAUAUCCCAUGGUUUUGAUGUUCAGGGUUCAAGGUUUGAUGAAAAUGGAGAGCUGAGUGACUGGUGGGACCCUUCUGACAAAGUUAACUUUAUUGCCCUAGCAGAUUGCUAUGUUCAUCAAUACAAUGCUUACAAAUGGGAUGGCUACCAAGUAAAUGGUGAAACGACCCUCAAUGAGAAUGUAGCUGAUCAUAUAGGGUUAGAGCAAAGCUAUAGAGCCUACAGGAACUGGGUACAAAGACGAGGAGAAGAGGAAGGCUCAUUUCCCGGUCUUAAUCUAAACCAUGACCAGAUAUUCUUCAUUAGCUAUGCCCAGCUCUGGUGCUCUAAAGUAAAAGACGAAUUACAUGAAACUAUUAUACAAUAUGAUGUGCAUUCUCAGGGAAACGUUCGGGUUCAUGGAGCUAUUAGCAACGUUCCCUCUUUUGCUAAAAUUUUCAAAUGUGAAUUCAACACAACCAUGAACCCUGCGGAUAAGUGCUAUCUGUGGUGAAAUGCAUUUGCUUAACCAGAGAUGAGAUGAAUAAAUACUUAUC